AUGGUUGAUGUUAAGCGAGCUGUUCCAAAGGAGUUGUCUCCGAGUCCAGCUCGCAGCAGCCCGCUAGGUGCUGGCUACAGCUAUGGAGUCAGUAGAGUUAACAACCUCCUUAAUGGAUAUGCUCAAGGGUUUAGCCUUGGAGGCUAUGGGCUUAGGAUGGAUGGUAGGUUUAGUCCCAUUGGUGCUGGGAGAAGCGGGUUUGCGAGUUUCGGUGGGUCUGGAUAUGGGCAGGGGUUGCCCACAGGGUUCACUGGAGGUUCAAGUUUCAAUGGGAACGUAGACUAUGGGAGAGGGAUGAGCCCUUACUACAUUGGUAACACGAACCGGUUUGGUUAUGAAGGAGGCAGUGCAUGA